UUAGCCUCACUGUGACUGCUGCCCAAGGUGCAGCCUGAACUUAGUUUCUGCGUCUUCUUUGUUGCAUUUGCUUCUGCGAGUACUGACUUUAGCACAUCUCUCUUUUCAGCAAUGCGUCUCUACAAUAACACACAGGUAUCACAGAAAAUGGGUCAAAAUAGAAGAGAGACACAUCACUGCUGGAUGGUCCUGCCACACCAGGUGACUGAGAGUCCACAACACGAGGGUGAUGACCUCAUCCAACCCAAGAAGCUGCCAAAUCCCAUCCUGGCCUUUCACCAGCACAGAGACCUUCACGGAGAGCUGCUAUUCUGCCACAGAAGAGGUCUUCUGCCCAGAAGAAAACCAGAGCUGCAGUUUGUGCUGGAAAACAAAAGGAGAGAGCAGCACAAGCAAAGGGAGCUGGCCCUCUGUCCUCCUUCUGACUUGGAGGUGAAGCUACGCACAAGGCAGCAGAGAAUAGAAGUUUAUGAGCUGGAGGAGAAAAAGAGGAGGGAGAGUCUGCAGAAUGUACCGGAGUUUGUUCGUGUGAGAGGAAGCCUGAAGCGUGCCCAGACGUUUUCUUGGUGA